AUGAAUUAAAUUAAGAUUGAUGCUGAGAAUUCUUUAACAUUUGAUCCUUUUCGCAUACCAGCCAGUAUUGCAUUGGCUAAAAUUCAUUAGGUAAGCAUGAUUACUAAUUAGAAAGCUUCUAUUUGUGGAGAAAAUGAGCAAAAAUCGGAUCAUUGUCCUUGUUGUGGAUAGCAUAUACAACAAAGGGAAAUUUCAUUAUGCUAAAAUAGAUUAGAUUUGGCAUUUUUAGGUUAAGGUAUGCCCUUAUUUUUUGAAAUGACUUCGUAAUUAAUAUUGAUAGUGCUUAUUUUAUUUACAGUUCUUGGGAUACCAUCUUUAAUAGCAAAUAUAUAAAAUCAUGAUUGUAUUGGAGAAGAAAAUAUGUUUUAUAAGCUUUCAUUAAAUGGACUUUGCAAAUAAAACUGUCCGUAAAAUACGACUGAUUUUUUAUCUAUCACUAAAUUGGUUCACUCAAAUGAUUGUUAAACUAUAUGUGCUAAAAUCGUAGAUAUUUGUCUAGAAACAUCAGUUCUUAAAAUGUCAUACGCCAACAAGUAAUUCGAUGAGACUUCUAAAUUGGUGCAAUCUAUACUAGUCUUAUGCAGUAUUUUGAUGUUUAAAUUUGCUAUGAUUAGAGUAAGAAUAUCAUAAAGAAGCACAGUAAGAAUUUGUGAUUAAGAAUUUAUAUCACCUUCAGAUUUCACAGCAAUGUUGACUAAUUUACCUAUAAAUGAAUAUAAUGAAGCAGAAUUAAAGGAUGCAUUAUUAGAUUUUUGUUAUUAAUUUGAUGAGAAAGGUCAAUAUGAAAUAGUUAAAAUAAUAAUAGCAUAUGAUAUAACUUCAUUUGUUGAAUGUAGUAGAGAAAAGAUGAGUUUAGAAAAGAAAAUAGAGAAAAUAGAAAAUUAUUAUAAAUAAUAUGGUAGAUAUCCUAGAUCUUUAAAAACUAAUUAAUUUAGUGUAUUGAAAGAGAGGAUCAUGGUUCUAGAUUAAAAAUUAAUGACAAUUGAGAAUGAAGUAGAAAAUUAAUAAUAUGCUCAUUAAACUUAGGUAGCAUUUGUGACAUUCUAAACUAAAGAAUGUAAAUAUUUAUUUUAUUCUUAGAAUUAUAAAAUGUUUUAGAUUAAACUAAACUAUCUUAUUGGGAAGAGUUAUGGAUUCGAUUCAAAUAUUAUUUAAUCAAUAGAUAAGAUUAGAGGGGAUUUUAUUUUAAAAAUAGAAUAAUAAUAUUUUGUAGAGCUCCUGAACCAAAUGAUGUGUUUUGGGAAAAUUGUGGAUUUAAUUUUUAGUAUCAAUUUCAAAAAAGAAUAUUGAAUUUCUUUAUUACAAUAUUUAUUUUAGGAGCUUCUUUUACUAUUUUAUUAGGUUUGAAUAUAUUAUAAAGUUAAAAUCUAUCAUCUUUUGAUGAUGUUAUUAUGAUAAUUGUAACAUUAGUUAUUUCAUUAAUAAUAACAAUAAUAAAUUAGAUAAUUUAUUAUUUUAUCAAAUUAUUAGGAUAAUCUGAAAAACAUUUUACAAAAACUCAUCAUGAUGUUUCUGUUGCAACUAAAUUAGCAAUAGUUUAAUUUUUUAAUUCAGGAAUAUUUACAAAAGUUAUAAAUAUUUUAGUUUAUAAUUUUGAAAAUGACAAAGCUGAUAAUUAUGCAGCAACAUAUUCAUAUUCAAGAUAAGGAGGAGUAAUAUCAGAUGCAUUCUUUUUAUUAAUUGUUAAUUCAUUUUUUGUUCCUAUUUUUGCUUAUUUGGAUCCACUUUAUCUUUAUAAAUAAUAUCAGUAAUAUUUUUUUAAAGUUGAUAAUAAUUUUAAUUAAAUAGAGGCUAAUAAAAUAUUUGAAGGACCAUCAGUACUUUUAUAUGAACAAUAUUCAUAUAUUUGUUUAUCUCUUUGGAUUUCCUUACUCUUUGCUCCUUUAUUACCUAUAUCUUUACUAUUUUGUAGUUCAGGAUUAUUACUAUAUUAUUGGAUAUAAAAAUAUUUAUUAUUAAGAAGAAAUUCGAAACCACCUUUUUAAAGUUUUCAUUUAAAUAGAGAAAUGAUGAAUUUAUUUGAAUUAAGUCCUAUAAUAUUAGCAGUUGGAUAAAUGUGGACAGAUUAUAUUUUCAAUUCUAGUUCAGCUAUAUUGACAGUAAAUUUUAUUAGUUUAGGAUUCUCUUGUUUGGAAUUAAUUACACCAGCUACUAGAAUCAGUAAGUUAUUUGAUAAAAAGGGUAAUAUAUUUACAGAAAAGGAUAGAUAUUAAGAUGUUUAUUUGAAAUUACCAACAGAUUAUGAUAGAACUAAUCCAUUGACUUAAUAAAAUGCAAUUUUAGAAUUUAUUAAAGCUAAAACAUUAAUUGAUACUAAUUAUAUAUAACCUUAAGUUAUGGAUACUAAAACAGCAUUAUAUAAAUAUGCUUAGAUGGGAGGAGUUCAAUUUAUGAGAAAUACUAUUUCAUUAAAAUUAAAAAUUUCAAUGAUGAGAAAAAUUAAACUUAUAAGGAAAGCUCGUUAGAUUGCUGCAGUUAUUUAAUAAUAAUAAGAUGAAGAGAUUUCUUAAGAUUAAUAAGAACCUAUAUAUUCAUAAACACCUGAAUACAUGAUAGUCAAUAAGAAUAUUAAUUUAAGAAAGAAUUCUUUAAAUAUCUCUACUGAUAAUGAUUACAAUAAUAAAUUCUAAGAUGCUUAGAACUAUAAUUUCUCUAAAUUUCUCAGCCCAAAUAAAUUUGAAAAUUGA